AUGGAGAAAGAAAAGCUCGCCGCGGAAAUGGAGCGGUUGAAGCUCGGACCGACGAAGUUGUGGACCGGGUUGGUGUUGCACCAUAAGGAUGUGUUUGUCUCGCAUGUGCUUCCGAAAUUGAAUACGACAGAUCGGUGUUUCUUUUCAAAGGUGAAUAGAGAGAGUUGGAGUGUGCUUGCGUACGCAAGGGUAGACGUAUCGAAAUUAGAUGUAAAUGUUUACGAAUGUACAUCCAUUUCAACGUUGGAAUUGAUGUGGAAUAUCUUUCCCUGGGGAGAGAAAGAUAAGAGCGGAAGAGUGAUAGAUCAAGCCUGGUUUUGCGAGCAAGUUGCUGCAACGAACAAACUCGAGUUGCUCAAGUGGGCGAGAGAAGUGAAACAUUGCGAGUGGGAUGAAGAGACGAUUAAUGAGGCCGCAUUUCAAGGUAAUCUCGAGAUGUUGAAGUACUGCUUCUCUAACGAGUGCCCGUGUGAUGAAGAAAUGUCGUGUAAAAUAGCUGCUAUAAGAGGACACCUCGACUGUCUUCGAUUUCUUUUCGGCAAAGUGAAACCUUCUCGAGAUAUGGAAAAAAAAGCGGCAGUACAAGCGGCAGCAUUUGCUCACGUGGACAUCUUGAAAUAUCUUGUUGAAGAAAGAAAGACAUCCGAGGAGGAUAAGUGCGUGUGCGUGUACUACGCUUGCACGUAUGGCCGCCUCGAUUGCCUUCAAUACUUAGUCGAAGAGGCGAAAGUGCCUCUUGACAACUGGCGAUACAUCGCUAACGCUCGUUACCACGAACAACCCGACUGCGAAAACUACUUGCGAGAGAAAGGUUGCCCAGAACCAACGGACGAAGAAUACGCUGAAUGUGUCGAAGACAGGAAAGAACAGCACUAA